GACAGCGCAUUUCUGUCCUUUUUGACAGAGCGUGCAACUUGAGUCCGGGCGUCGAGCUCGGCAAACAUUUAAUAGAAAGCUCCCCGAGAAGGCGCCGGCCCCUUGUCUGUGCACUAAACCCACCCUUUGUUACGAGUGGGCGUGGUGUCUCUAACAAACAGCUGGGUCCCUUCUCACCACAACGCGGUGUCAUUGCGUGUUUCGCGCGGCACCAACUGUCAGCUCGCUGCCGCUCUCCGAGGGGCCACAACCGCGCUCGGACCGGGCCACCUGCCCUGCGGGACACUUGGCUUUUGACGCCCUGCCUUUUAUUGUCGUCUUCGGGAACCGGUUUGAGCAGAAAGGAUUGGUCACUGACAGGACUGCUCUUCUCAGUUUUCCAUCCAAGCAUGAAGUAAAGUCAAGUUAAAUGUUCAGAAAAAGGAAGGGUGGCUGUAAAUUGCUUUGAAUGUUGUAGCCGAAAUUCGAGGAAAUUAUUGAUACUGGGAAAAGUGCAGUGAAGAUGAGUGGAGGAGAAAUCAUUCAUGAAGGGUGGCUGAGAAAGUCUCCGCCGGAGAAAAAAUUGAGACGCUACGCAUGGAAGAAACGCUGGUUCAUUCUGCGUAGUGGGCGAAUGAGUGGAGACCCUGAUGUUUUGGAGUACUACAAAAACAAUCACUCAAAGAAGCCAAUUCGUGUCAUAGAUCUUCAGUGCUGUGAGCAAGUGGAUGCUGGGUUGACAUUUAAUAGAAAAGAAUUUCAAGACAGCUUUGUCUUUGACAUAAAGACCUCUGACCGCACUUUCUACUUGGUGGCUGAGACUGAAGAUGAGAUGAAUAAAUGGGUCCGCAGCAUAUGUCAGAUCUGUGGCUUCAAUCAGUCUGAAGAAAACCACGAUGCUGUUAGAUCCGUGACAACUUUAAGCCAUGGCCCACGGUCGAUGCCAGCGGAUAUGAUGGCCUCUCCUGUGUCACAUUUUGGAGAACGGAAGUCUUCCGCACCUUCCCAUUCCAGUCAGCCUGUCCUCUUCACGUUUGAGACGCCCAUUCGCCAUUCACAGCCCUCACUCUCUAGCAGUGCACCCCAAGACUAUCUUUUUCUACAUCAGUGCAUUAGCAGAAAAAAUGAAAACUCACGAAGUGCCAGCUUUUCUCAAACUACUCGCUCUUCUCUUAUGACUGGCAGUGACUCUGCAGUUCAGAAGCUUUCUCAUGGGGUAAAUGGGAUGGGUCCACAGUUGCAAGGCUUUUAUAGCUUACCCAAGCCCAGCAAACAUCAGAACUCCUCUACAGCAGAACAGCAGCCAUAUGGUGUUUAUGAUUUCCCUCGGACCUUUGUUUCAGAGGGCCACGUUCGUGGCAGCUUGCCAGAGCUGGAGUUGGAAGAUGAAGAACUGUACUCCUUCAAGACUCCUGGCAAUGUCUUGGCAAAACAGCAGAAUGAGAGACCCAAUGACAAUUAUGACUUGCCCACAACACCGGGUUCCUUUUACAAAAUCCCUAAUAUGUUUCCAUUUGACAAGAAUCAUAAUACACUUUCAGUGGGGAGUGGAGAUUCAUCUGGAACCCCACCUCCUCGACCACCCAAACCCAGCCAAAUUUCUGAGCAAAAGUGGGGCAGUCCACCAUCAUUUGUUACUCAGAAUGGGGAGUCUUCCUCUGGGACUACUAUCUCUAGAAGAAACACUCUUCCUGCAGUAGAAAAUAUUCGACUUCUUCGAGCAUCUUCAUUUGAGACCAAUGACCAAUCCCGUCAUCUGGUUAUCAACAACAGUGGUCCAUCUAUUGAGUCUGUUAAUGAUAGUUGCAGUUCUUACCUUAGAGCAAAAGGUCCUGUUGCUCGUUCAGACAGCGGUGACUCUGAAGAUAACUAUGUCCCAAUGAACCCAGGCUCUUCUUCCUCCCCAUUUAAUGCCUCAUCAGACAACCCAAACAAUGUCUAUAUUCCAAUGAGUCCUGGUCCACAUCAUUUUGAUUUUCCGGGGUUCUCUGCAACUUUGCCUGCUCGGAAAGGAAGCACCACCUCUUUGUGCCUUCGACCUGGACGGCUGAGUGAUAUAACACCACCCCCUGUCAAUCGUAACCUCAAGCCUGACAGAAAAUCAAAGCCAACUCCUCUGGAUUUAAGGAAUAGCUCCGUCAUCGAUGAACUUCCAUUUAAGUCUCCUGUUACAAAGUCCUGGUCCAGACCAAUACCAGCCACAAAUUCAAUGUCCUCGCAGCACUGUCGGCCUGUAUCAACCCAGAGUAUCACCAGUACUGAUUCUGCAGACAGCGAAGAUAACUAUGUAGCAAUGCGAAAUCCAGCUUCUUCCUCGCCAGCAACUAGUGGUACAAACAGCCCUGCUCUUCGGAAGGGUGGCAAUGUUGAUUACUUGGCUCUGGAUUUUCAUCCAAGCUCUCCAGGUCCACACAGAAAGCCCUCCACGUCUUCAGUCACAUCAGAUGAAAAAGUGGACUACGUGCAAGUUGACAAGGAGAAAACCCAAGCGCUUCAGAAUACCAUGCUGGAAUGGACCGACAACCGUCAGUCUUCAGAGCCCACUAAGGCUGUUAAGUCUUGAUAAAGCAAUGCUCCCAGGAAGACUGCUGUAUCCUGCUUCCCAACACUGUUUUGGAUAUCAUCUGUGUAAUUCAUUUCAAGUUAAAAAAGGAUGACCAAAAAAAAAAAGAAUUUGCAAAAAUGGAACAGUAGCUGAGCCCUUCAGCAUCAGCAGCAUAUCACAUUGUAAGGCACACAAGAAAGGGAAGAACAGUUGAAAUCACAAGACUCCAGGGAGCAUGAAGUGUGACUCCAUAAGUUCAGCAAAAGGACCACAAUAAUGAGAUUUCGGAAAGACAACUUGAAAAAUGACUUUACUAAAAAUUACGCAAAGUUCAAGAGUGGAAUAAAUAGGCCCCAAUGCUUUAUAUUUAUCAAUAUUUGUGUAUGUGUGUGUUAGCGUGUGUGUUGUAUGUGGCAGGUAACCCAAUCUAGAUGUACAGUUGUGUUUUACAGAAUUUAGGAGCAACACGUUGAGAUUAGAAUGACUUCAAAUUGCUGGGUACGCGUUGCUACUCUACUGCAUUCGUUGAAAGCCCAUGCUGUAUAAAAAGCUCAUCAUAGUACUCAUUUAGACACUGCUUUUAAAGAAGGAAACGCUGCUGCCAUUAGCAUGUGUAAAGUGUAGUCUUAGUAAUACCAGAUUUGGAUUAAGGUUGUUUUGGAUCAUCCCUUCUGUGUUCCCUUUCUAGUUUGUUGAGACUCACUGAUGUAGAGGAGGAUUGUAUGGAGGGUAGCAUACAUGGCUUAGUAAACAAAAUCAACAGAAAACAGUUCAGAAAAAUAAUACAAGAAGUUGAGAUGAAAUAAUAAUUGCAAUGGCAAAAUUCAUUUAGAAAGUAACAAACUGAUCAAAUCAAAUAAUUGUCAGCAACAGAAGCACUCAUAUUAAACAAUACAAUCAAGACUGGCUGACUGUGCAUGCACACCAAGUGUCUGACUGCAUACGCAAUAAACAAGACUAAAAGGAACAAAACAACAUGCAACAAAUAGUAAGACUGUGUCUUUACAGAAGGGGACAUAAGGGAAUGCUUAAGCGAGGAUAUGAACAGCCAGCUGCCUCUCAGUCUUCCUCCUCCCCGCAGUCUUGCAAGCAUCCUGGGGCAGCCAAUGCUGUUGCUGCCCUUUUCUCAAUAAUCUGGAGUCGUCAGUUGAUUUGCUGUCUUCUUGCAUGGUCCUCCCUCUAGGCUGGCAUCAGGAUUCUGCACAAGCAAGUGAAUCUAAGAUGCACUUUUGAGCCUAGGGCACAUUAUCAAUCCUACACUCAAGAGCAGCUGACUGUAACUGAAGUGUCCUCGUAGGUAUGCCUCCAUCUUAGCAGUUACUGCCUCAUCUGAAGUGCACACUUUUUUCUAUGCCCAUUUUCUUCAUGGUCAUAUCCAUCCCUGGAUGUUCACAGCCUGACUGCACCAGAAUAUGACAAGCAGCCUGCUCAUGUGUUAAUUCAACGUCAGACCCAGAAACAGAAUAAAGCAGAAAAAAUGAAGAACAAAGGACUGGGGAAUAAAAUCCCCAUCUUUCCUACUGCACCACAUUCUCAAAGGCUUCAGUGGUGCAGAAAGACCAACUGUCACAGUACUGCCCUUUGAUAUCGCUGCAGGGAGUAGUAAAGAUUAAUUUCAAUACCCAGUAACUUCACUUUUCAAUUUAACAAGACCUAGAGCUAGCCUACAUGGUAUGAUGUAUACUGUGAAAAUAAUUUUAUUUUCUACAUUUUAGAAAACAGUAUAUAAUUAAAUUAAACAUCUUCAAAUAUAUUUCUACGGAAUCAUUUUAGAGACCUGUGCUAUAAAUCUAUGUACUAAUACUCAAAGGCUGCAGAGUCACUUCAAAGAACCUCGAAGGCUAUUAGCAGGUUCAGCACCAUUUUGAACUUUAGUUGUCAGCCCUGAAGGACAUGGCCUGCCUGGUCUGACCGCACUUUUUUAUUUUUAACACAAACAGGUGGCUUUUUGGGUGAGUUUUCUAUCCAGUGUCCAUGCUGGUUAUAAUCUUUGCAGUAGAGAAACUCCCAUUUUAACCUCCCGAAUUUCAAAUUAAAGAUAACACUUUAUACUUACAAAGCAUUAAAAACCCAGUUUCUCACAAUGUUUAUAAAAUGUUUGAAUUAGUGGAUGUGUAUGUGUUUAGCUUGAAAGGAAGCUCAUUGUUAAGUGUGUCCUGUAAUCGUGUCCAGAUCUUUUUCUAAGUGAAAGACUGCCGUGUAGAGUGUAGUGCAUGUGUCAAUAGUUUACAGUUCAUGGCAGGCCGUAAACCACGAGUAGUGAACAGUAGACGUGCUCUGGUUUGGUAGAAGAGGUGAACUUUUGUUAGUAAGUGUGAGGCAUUAGCUUAAGUGUACAGCUCAAGCAGACCAGCAGGACUAACCAAAAAAGUGACUUUGCCUUCAGUUCUUGGCCAUAUUUGCCAUGCUGGAAUUUGUUUUUGUAAAUGUUGCCUUUUUAGCUUUCUUUUGUUACAUUUAUUUGUGCUUGUGUCAACAUAAAUGUCAGCUCACAUAUGUAUUUGAUUGUAACUUUUGUCUGUCCCAGACGAGUUCUGAGUUUUCAGUGUCUGAGCUGCAAUGGCUACUAGCAGUUUCUUAUCAAAACUCUUGCUUUUCCAAUAGAUGAACCAAUGUGGAUUCUAAAUAGAAAAACAUGAAAUGUCCAGUGUUGCCCAGCACUGAGCUGUCAUCAGUCUCUUCAGGCUGAAGCUUCCAAAGUAAAAAGCCAAAAAACAAAAAAAAUGUGGCACACUGGAAUGAAUGACCUUCCCCUUGGACAUUACUGUAACAAAGCUACUGCUUUUUUGGAGCUACCUUGGGGAUCUCUGAAAAUCCACAUUCAGCCCAAAUGAUGUUAAUCAGCAAUGCCAUUACCUCCAAAAAUAAAGGUUUGUGUGGAGUGUGGAAAUAGGUAAGUCUGUACUAUAUGGAUGUGGUUUAAGCACUGAUUACAAAUGCUGCCGCUGUGUGCCCGGCUCCCCCAGUUUGCCCAUCCAUGGUCCUCUUGUUCAGUCCCAGAGGUCUGCAGAUGAUUCCAGCCCAAUUUCUUAAUUAGAAGCCAAUCCUUUCUGGUAAAAGAACUUCAUUCAUUUAACAGUGUGGCCUAUUACAGAUUUCUGUCAUGCCAGGUCUGUCUUAUAUUGUUGAGUUUUUGUUUCCAAGGGUAUCAUAUAAACUAUUUAUGGUCUGGAGCCAUGGCUAGCUCAAGGGUACUUGGCACCCUUAUGCAGUGGUGAGGGGAUCCUACCUCGUUGAGAUCUGAGUGUGUUCAUAAAUGUAUGUUACUCACAAUUCAAUAUUGCGAGUUCUGGAAUUUUGAGUGCUUUCUUAUUUGUAUUUGACAAUGGAGAACAAGGGGGGUUUGGAUCAGAGCUCAUUCAGAUUCGUAUAUGACAUUGAAGAGCUGGUCUCCACUAGAGACUGGAGUGUGGGUAUGGGGUUACGGGUUGCUUGGAUGAGCCUUGGUAUUCUCAAAGUGGCUACUCAGCUUUAGCCUAGAGUCAGCCCUAUCUGGAGCAGAUUAAUAAUUUGCAUACCUUUGCUUUUUCCAUUUCCUUUUUUGUGUAAUUAUUUUAAUAAAUCAUAUAAUUUAUGAACUCCCGCAGGUGUAAAUGGGGCUAGGUCAGAUGGUGAGCUGGUAGUUUCAUUGUCUUUUACAUCUUUGUUAUUAGGUAGCUGAUUAAGAAAACAAAAAACAAUUAAAAACAGAUAAUGAGAAUGCCUCUGUUUAAGACUUGAGCUUCUGUCAUAUAACAUGACUUUACCAGCCAUUUUCAGCUGCAGUCUUAGAGAAGCAGAGUCUGUCACCGCACAUUCCCGUGACCACCUCUCCUAUAGUGUGAUACCCCCAGUGACUCCAGUUACCAGUCUGCGACUCACUCUGACCAAAUUAAAAUGUUUGAUUUUGUGAUGAGUCAUUGAGAUUGGCCCUGUGUGUGCAGGAGAUGAAAACCAGUAGGUGCUCAUGCUGAAGUACAAAACAUAAAACACAGUGACAAGGAAUAAGGAACAUGGGAGUUCUGGACCUGACAAACAGGAAGGGGGGGGGGGCAUGUUUGUUGUUCCACAACAGAACUGGAAAAGGAAAAUAAAUUAAAAAAAUGAACUCGCCAUAGCUGGAAAGCCUUCAUACAGGCACCGGUGCUGCCAAGCAGCAUGUUAUUGGCUGUCAGAAAACGGAAAGCACAUUAGAGAUGUGAAACUGUGCAGGUCAUGUAAUUAGUCAUCCCGUUAUCCCUAGUAGUGUAAUCUGACAUGUUCAACUGCAGUUGUUAGUUUGCCAUCCUCUCUGAUUAGAAGUUAUGUGCCACUGACUUAAAAGAAGCAAUUUUAAUAAGUGAGUUAACGAAAAUGAAAUACAAAAAUGUUGCUUAAGCAAAAGUUGCUUCAGUAGCAGUAAUUGGCUUCUAAAUAACAAAAUGGGUCAGAAUAAAAACUUCAAGCUAGUGCAGCCCUCGGGGACAGAACUCAAAAGUGUUAAAACUCCUUAAAAGGUUUGAAAUGCUGCUGGAUUACACAUGACACUUGUUUUGUUUUGUUCCAGUCUGUAUUUUUCUUACAAAGUUAUAUAUGUCAAAAAUACAUCUGUCAGUGUUUAAAAUUAAAAACUGAAAUGGGCUACAUGCACAAUUAUUCCUACCCUGUGUGAGGGGAGUUCCAAAGGUCAAUUUGUUUUAAUAGAAGUAAAAGUAAUAACCCGUGUUUUUUUUUACUUCAGAAACUUCAUUCUCUACUUUUCCACAUAAUUGCUGCAGACUUCAAAUGCACUUUUGCAAUCUGUGGAUGAAAUUUUCAGAACAUCCCUAAAAAUCCUCUUUAUACAGCUUUACCAGCUCAUCAUUUAGGUUUCUUGAUCCUUGCAUUUUCCACCAUGUUGGCCUUGAUUUUUGGAAGGAGACAGACAGCACAACAGACUGCACCAGGCAAGUAGGCUGGGGCAUCCAAACGGUUGAUCCCAGAGGAUGAAGGAAUAAAGAAGAUGGUCUUGGUGGAGUAUUGUCAUGGCGAAGGACCAGUCCGUUUGGGGCAACCUCUCUUUACUUUUUCUUUUCUUUGUGUAGACCUCUGAUGACACGGUCUGGCUUUCAUCAAAUGGGAUGGUUGCCACAAAUCCUGUGAGAGAAGAAAUUGUCAAUCACCUUGAUGGUAGACUUCACAUGUUGCAUUUUCUUUGACCAAACCAUGCUCUGCUGCUUCCGGAUCCACUUUGAAGAAACAGACAUCACUUGUACCUUGUUUUCUUGUGUCCAUGAUGGCCUACAAACCUGAAAACUUCAGGAAGUUUUCGUAAAUAAUUGAAUAAGAUUCCAUAAACAAGUUAACCACAGGGAACAAAUUCAAAUGUAUUUGUGAACAAACUUUGGAACUCACCUCAUACAUGCAUGUUAGGUUGACCCACUCUAGUAAGGACAUUAAGGUUUUAGUGGGGGAAUCAACCAGCUUUACACACUCAUUAGUUGUGGUUUUUGCCCAUUUCCCUUAGCAGAUUUCCUCCAGGUCAUGCCAAAGCUUAUGACUCCCAUCUACAGAUUAUGCUCCAGAUUUCCAAUCAGGCUGAGUUAGUGACUAUGACUGGACCACUCAAGUACAUUUAUCUUUUUUCUCUUGAGCUGAUGUAAUGUCACUGCCCUGUUGAAAGGCGAAUCUUCUCAUAAGCUUCAAUUUUUUAGAAGACUGACACAAAUUCCUGUACAGUGUAUUCUGCUCCUGUACUCUACCUGUUUAUGUUCUACCAGAUUGUCCAGUCUCUGCUAAACAGAAGCCUCCACACAUCAUGAUGCUGCACCCGCCAUAUGUCAAUUCGGAUUGGUUGCUUAAAGUGUGCCACUGUGACUUUUGGGUAGAAAGCUCACAGCUGGUCACAAAAUAUUUAAGUGGUUGAUUUUGCUUAAGAUAUGCGCAAACCAGUAAUUGUUUUGAAAAGUGCGUCUCGAAUAUGUAAUUUUUUUAGUAAAAUACAGUAUGGAGCAAGAAGUUUCAGUCAUUUGCAAUCCAGUUUGAAAAUAUUUUAAGAGACUAAAUAAUUUUGCAGGGUACUGUAUCUGUCUUGGCAGCCCAGUUUGUGAUGUUUAAUGUGACUGUAGAGCAUACAGUAUUCACUUUAAAGCUUUAUAUUAUAGCUCCCGUUUUGUUAAUUUUAUAUUUUAUUUUUACAAACUUUUUUCCAAAGUGAUGUAAGUAAAUUAUUUUUGUGAAGUUUUCUCAUUACUACUUUGCACUUUUAUUAACAUUUUUUUCUCAUUCGGAUUCAGCCUAAGCAAACUGCACUUAGAAGAGGACUUCUGUCUCGGUUUGCAGUUAGAUAGAUGAUUUGGCAGUGCAUCAUCUCUGAUGGGAGACUCCAUCCUUAGGAGCAAGGCUUUUUAAAGGAAUUCAAAGAUGCAUGGGAGAGCAUGGCACGUGGUAAGAAAGUCAGACAGUAUUAGAUGAUAUUGAAAUGGCCAAGUCAGUGCUGCAUUGUAAACGUUUUGAAUUGCUGCUCAUGCUAAGUAGCAUUAAUGAUAACAGCCCAGCCUGAAUGGUGAAAAACAGACUUGUGAAUCUUGGCAUGGUGAACUUGGCACUAGAGUUCAGGCCAUCUAUUAAAAUAGUUACAUGAAGACAUAUAUCAAAUGUAAAUACAGUAUAUAGUGGUUUGACAAGGGCUGUUUAAACUGACUACACUUAUCUCUGAAAUCUUCUAACAAAAUAUGUCAUGCUGCAUGAAAAAAAAAAAAGCCAAAGCAGAGCGUCCACUCAAAGCAGUUACUGCUACAAUCAGAAGGCGUCUUAAACACAGAAUGCCGCCGAGAUCUCGGCCGUGUUCUCUUGAGACACCGGAGCGUCCUGUGGAGGACAGCAGAACCCCUCUGCACAACAGAAGGCGACAGUGCAGUGGGUCCUAACAGCACUUACCUCUUGUAAGCUGGAGGUCUAGCGAGCUGUAUGGGUGCCAUGCCAUGCUUUUCACCAAACUCUUUGCUUUCCUUGCAUUGUUUCCCGUCAAUAAAAUGCUGCCACUGAGGUUUAACACUUUUUCCACUGCUCAGAAGUCAAGUCCAACCAACAAGAACAAUUUUGCUUGGCUGUGCUUGUGGCAGUCCAGAGCAUUUCUGAUCCUAGAGAACCGUUGAGUUCUUUCACUUGUGAAUACUGUACUUGAUGUUUACUUUUUGAGUUUUGAUGCCUGACACCAAUCCAAAACUCAAACGCAGCACACCCACUCCAUGGCCAGGCUUUGUGUUUACAAUGUGAAAGGCAAUGAAUUUGGGCAGAUGGAAAUCUGAUGUUAAACCUCAGCAUUAACUCUAGCAAUGUAUAUUUUUAUUGUAAAUUUUACUGUUUACUAUGCUUUUUUAUCUUUGUGUUCACAUUUGAUAAGAUAAAUUAAUUUAUUUAGUGCUCUGCAUUUUCAGUAGAAGAAAAACCUUAUUUAUGCCCUCCAUCUUCAAACAUGUGAAGCAAUAUGACACCUCAAGGGUGUUAUUCAUGGUUAAAACAUGGUACACCUGGGAUAUGCAUUUCUGCUGUUAUACUAGAAAGAAUGGACAGAGUUGAAACAAUAAAUUAUUCUAUGAUCCUAA